AUGAUUUCUUUUCUUUUUUUAAAUUGUCAAUCUUAUUCUAGCAAAGAUGGGAUAUUUCAACAAGCAUUUCAUGAUAAAAUUAUAGUAAUAGAUGUAAGUGGAUCCUCAAAACAAUACAUAAAUGGUUCAUUCCAAUAUACAAAACCAGAAUAUUCGGUCUAUCCAUGGAAUAAAGAUUACGAUUGGUGUUCAAAUUGUGGAAAAUCGAGUAGUGAUCAUCCAUGGAUUACAUAUUCCUUGCAAUCAAAGAAAAUUAAAUUGACAGGUUACUUUGUCAGAUGCGGAUGCUGCUACGCAUCUGAGAAUUGCUGCUGCGAAGACGAAUCUACUACUUGCUUUGACUGUUGUCUGUAUUCAUGGUCAUUACAAGUUUCCGAUGACAACAAAACUUGGAAAGAAGUUCAUCGCAUUGAAAAAGAUGAAUCCAUGCGGAGAUGCAACGAGAAUACUUAUAAAUUAGACCGUGAAUAUACUACUAAGUAUGUUAGACUGAUCCAGAAUGAACCAUGCCCUGGAGAUCCUCCUUGCAUCGCAAUAAAUAAAUUUGAUUUGAUUGGUGAAGUUGUUAAUGACAAUUCACGCGAAGAAGACUUCGUUUCAUACCAUGAUGACGAUGAUGAUGUUAGUAUUAUUGGUCAUAUCUCAAAGAAUGGAAAUGUUAGAUUUAAUUAA